AUGAUUUGAGAGGGUUACAGAUUUCUAUUGUAUUUUUCAAUGACAUUAAAUGUAAUGGCAGAGUUACACGUACUAGUGUCAGAUAUUUAUCCCACUGUUGAUAAAUAAGUUGUAGUUAUGGGAAUGUAAUGUGAAACAUUUAUGGUUUUAUAUGCCGGCGUCACAAAAUGUUAAUAUUUGUAUUGGUUUUAUACUAUUGAAUGGAGACUCUGUCGUCAUUACCGGUGAUGUAAUUGAUCAGGGCCUUGACUCGGAGUAGCAAGUAAGCAGCUAAUAAAAAAAUAAAAAUAAUGAAAAUAACUUAAACAACGUUCGUUAUUGCUAGAAAAAGAAAAUGUUUUUUGAACUAAAGUGAUGCUGAUAUUAUUUUUUGUAGCAUGGGGAGGAGCACGAAGAGAACCACACGCUGACAAACAACUGCACCGUAGACGAUCUUUGUUAGAAUACGUGUGCGCGUGCCUCCCGUCGACGUGGCGUAACAAACCGCUAGCUUCGCCUCCAUCGCUGCUACUGUUGUACCAGUUAGCCCCAACGCCCGAAAGCAGCAGUUUUGAGCCUCUACGAGCGUCGCGCUGUUCGAUUAUUAAUAAAUAAUCACCUCCUCCCGCCGCCAAAAUGAUUUCACUCACGGAUUCACAAAAAAUUGGCAUGGGGCUGACGGGGUUCGGUGUGUUUUUCCUCUUCUUUGGGAUGAUGCUGUUUUUUGAUAAAGCUCUCCUCGCCAUUGGAAAUAUCCUGUUUGUUUCAGGCCUGUCCUUCGUCAUCGGCCUCGAGCGAACGUUCAGGUUCUUCUUCCAGAGACACAAAGUGAAAGCCACCAGCUUCUUCCUCGGAGGAGUGCUGGUGGUUCUCAUCGGAUGGCCGAUCGUUGGAGUCGUUCUGGAGAUUUACGGUUUCUUCCUCUUAUUCAGGGGAUUCUUCCCGGUGGCGGUGGGCUUCAUCAGACGGGUACCUGUGCUCGGGUCUUUGCUCAGCUUGUCAUGGAUCAGUGGACUAGUGGAUAAAAUGGGUGAGAGCAACAAUAUGGUAUAACAGAGGAGUGUCAGAGGACAGCGUCGUUAUUUAUAGUAGUUACUAAUAGAUACGGUAUACUUUGACCAUUGCCACUCCAGAUCUGGGAAUCCAAACAAAGUGUAUCUGUGGAUGUUUGACUGACCUCAUGAUGUUUUCCAUCUGACAGCCACGAUUUUUUUUUUUCUUCUUCAAUUAUUAUUAUAAUUAUUUCAAGAGCUGGAAGCAGGUCUCCCAUUUUGUAUCAUUGCCGUCUGACAUUUACGGACUGAUAACCUGGGAACACUGGGUCAACUCAGUGGAGAGUCUGGAGCUCCCUGCAGCAUCCUCUCCUCUGGAAUGUGUGCCUGAACCGCCAGCUUCUUCCUUCAAUGAAACAUUACUGGAAUGUUGUACAUUAAAAAAUAAAUGGUAAGCCAAGUGUUGCUUUGGCAAAGACACCCCCACCAGUUAUGGAGAAGGUUAAGAUGCUUUCUAUGGAGAUGUUUGGCUGUAACUUUUGUAUGUGCGUAUUUGAAAUAAAGUGUAUUUUAUAA